GUGGGGAUCAUCCAUAUUGCUGCUUGUGGUGGAGUUAAGGUGGUAAUCCAGAAAGGCCCUUGGACACGUUUCUUUAUUUUUAUACAUGUUUUAAUCCAACACGGACUACUCUGCGUCUUAGACUGAAGCUCUUUUGGUCUAGGAGCGACAGACUCCGCGGAACAGCUUCAUAUUUUCCUGAAAUUGAAGCCGAAUUCGGGCCGGGGGAGGACUGGUAAUCCUGAGGGGGGAAGAAAGACGGUGGUGGGAAAUGGCCACUCAGGUGGAGACACUCCUGCCCGGCAACCCGCUUGCGAAAGCGGAGGAGCACGGUAAAGUGAUCCGCGGUGAGCCGGAGGAGGAGGAGGGCGGUCAGGGCGACGGGGCCAAGCGGCAGGCGGGCAUACCCGACCACGGGAGCAGCAGCAGCGGCGGCGGCGGCGGCCAUGGGCAGGGAGGGCUCUCCGGCACGGAGGAGCAAACCUCCAAGGAAGCGGCGGAAGAAGGCAAAGAAGGCUGUGACAACGACGACAAACAAAACGAGGAUGGUGUUAAAGGCAGAAAGGAGUUUACUGAAGCCCCUCCGCCCAAGGUGAACCCGUGGACAAGGAAAAUGAACGCGGUGACCGUGGUCAGCGUGAAUGGACAAGCACACCACGAGUCGACCGGACCUGCCAAAGUAGUCAGAGCAGGGAACCCACCCAAAGCCAGACGCGGAGGAAAGGUUGGGGAUUUCGGUGACACCAACAGCUGGCCAACUCCGGGGGAAAUUGCGACUAAGGACAUGCAGGUUGGUGUAAACAUCGAGGCAUUGACACGGACCGUGUCCUGCCCGCCGACUGUCAGGCAGGUCAGAGACUCAUGGAGAUUCACUGGCCCAAAGAAGGUGACAACGGCCAAGAAGGAGUCAAAGGAGAAAAGAGAGAGCAUCGAAGAGAGCAAGGAGAACCUGAAGGCCAAGUCAGAUGACUCUGGAGAGGAGAAGAACGGAGAUGACGACUCCCAGAAAAACGGGCCCAAGAAAAAAGGAAACAAGCAUAAGUGGGUUCCUCUGAUGAUCGAGGUAAAGUCUGAGGGUCCCAGGGAGCGCUCUGCCUCCAGGAACAACAGUAGACAGAACGAGAACCCCCGCCUGCCCCCCAACGCCAGGAACGACCUCAGAGACUGGCACAGUCAGAAAUACGAGAGAGAGUGGCAUGACGACCACGACGAGGUGUCCAGCGUUAAGAGCGAGGGAGCGCCUUUCCGUGGGGGUUUCAGAGGUCGUGGACGUGGAAGAGGACGAGGCCGGGGACGAGGCAGAGGCAGUGGGAGAGGCCACUAUGACUACCACUACGGCUACAAGUCCUACGACGUGAAAGACAGCGCGUACGGCCAGAAGUUCGGCAACACGGUGACCUAUUACUACGACAACAUGAGCAGCAAUGACAUGUACUCUGUGGACCAGGACCUGCUGAAGGACUACAUCAAGAGGCAGAUUGAGUACUACUUCAGCUUGGACAAUUUGGAGAGAGACUUCUUCCUGAGGAGGAAGAUGGAUGCAGAGGGCUUCCUACCUGUCGCACUUGUUGCCAGUUUCCACAGAGUGCAGGCCCUCACCACUGACGUCAACGUCAUUCUAGAGGCUUUGAAGGACAGUAAAGAAGUGGAAGUGAUCGACAUGAAGAUCCGUCGGAAAGUGGAUCCAGAGAAGUGGCCUCUGCCUGGCCUGGCCAUGCUGAACCAAACACACACUGACUUCUCCCAACUCAUCAACUGCCCCGAGUUUGUUCCCAGGCAGUCUACAGAGGAGCCCAGAGGCUCCCCCAGGAUGUCCACGCCGAAGAAGCACCAGAACAAGACUGAAUCAGACAUCUCCAACCUCAAGACGAUGCCCAAGGGCCUCUCCGCUAGCCUCCCAGACCUGGACUCUGAGUCCUGGAUUGAGGUGAAGAAGAGGCCCAGACCCUCCCCGGCCAGACCAAAGGCCAGCGCAGAGAAGGCACCCUCGUUGCAGCAGAAGGAUAAAGAGGAAUCUGCUCGCUCCCCAGUCCCCAAGUCGGGCCCCUCGCCUUCCCCUGCUACGCCAGGAAAUAAGGGAGGAGCAGAGCCGGACGAGCCAGAGGAGCUCGACUUCAUGUUCGACGAGGAGAUGGAGCAGAUGGACGGGCGUCGUAACACCUUCACAGAUUGGUCAGAUGAGGAAACAGACGGAGAGAUCGAUGACCACGACGUCAACAAGAUCCUGAUCGUGACGCAGACGCCACCCUACCUGAGGAAGCACCCAGGGGGCGACCGCACGGGACACCACACAUCACGCUCUAAGCUGAGCACUGAGCUGGUCAAAGUGAUCAACGAUGGGCUCUUCUACUAUGAACAGGACCUGUGGGAUGACACGUAUGAGCCAGAGUAUGCCACCAUCAAGCAAGAGGUGGAGAACUUCAAGAAGGUCCACCUGAUCAGCCGUGAAGAGUUUGACUGCCUCACCCCUGAACCCCCUGUGGACCCUAACCAGGAAGUCCCCCCAGGCCCCCCUCGACCCCAACAAAUCCCCACAGACGCUCUGGCGAACAAACUCUUCGGUGCCCCCGAGCCGUCAUCGAUAGCACGCUCGCUCCCAACUACCGUGCCUGACUCACCCAACUACCGCAGUGCCCGGACGCCCCGCACGCCUCGCACACCUCACCGAAAGGACUCCACCAUGACGCCGCGCUUCUACCCGGUGGUGAAGGAAAGCCGGCCUGUAGAUGCCAAGACGCCCAGAAAGAGGAAGACCAGACACAGCUCCAAUCCCCCCAUGGAGUGUCACGUUGGCUGGGUGAUGGACUCCAGAGAGCAUCGAUCCCGCACGGCCUCUGUCAGCUCAAACGCCAGCCCUUCAGAGGGCACUCCUGUCCUUGGAAACAUCGGAUGCACGCCUCAGUCCCUCCCUAAGUUCCAGCACCCGUCACACGAGCUGCUCAAGGAGAACGGCUUCACGCAACAUGUUUACCACAAGUACCGCCGACGCUGCCUAAACGAGAGGAAGCGGCUGGGAAUCGGCCAAUCACAGGAGAUGAACACACUCUUCCGCUUCUGGUCGUUUUUCCUGCGAGAUCACUUUAACAGAAAGAUGUACGAAGAGUUCAGACAGCUCGUGGUCGAGGACGGGAAAGAAGGAUACAGGUACGGUCUGGAGUGCCUGUUCAGGUACUACAGCUACGGUCUAGAGAGGAAGUUCAGGCCAGACAUCUUUAAGGACUUCCAGGAGGAGACCAUGAAAGACUACGAGGCUGGUCAACUUUAUGGACUAGAGAAGUUCUGGGCCUACCUCAAAUACUCCAAAGCCAAGACUCUGGAGAUCGACCCCAAACUGCAGGAGUACCUGAGCAAGUUUAAACGUCUGGAAGAUUUCAGAAUUGAUCCCCCAAUGGAGGAAGGAGGUCGCAGGAGACACUCAUCCAGCGGGGACGGUCGCCGCCGGCAUCCCUCUCAGAACUCCAGCCGGCCCCACAGCCAGGCCAGCUCCGGCCCCAGCCCUGCCCCCCUCGCAGCCAAGGAUGAUGCCAAACCCACCAGCCAGAAAACCCUCGCCCCAGCUGCUGACCCCGCACCAGAUGCCAAGACACUAAAGUAACUCAACAAACAUGCAGACCAACACGGAUUGACUCAACAUCAUCUGCAAGUCGCUGGCUCUCUCUGCAGCAGGAGGGGGAGGGGGCGUCCCGCUCGUCAUCAAAGCAUGAAAAAUACAUUUUCCCCACAAUUUUGAUUUAGAUGAAGACAAAUAAUUAAGGUUUUCAAUAAGUUUAAUUCUUUUUUUCUUUUUGAGAAAAAAUGACCUUUUUGUCUUUGAGGCAAAGAACGGAGGAGGUGUCAAACACUUUUUUUUCUUUUACAAAUCAUCUCAGUUCACACAGUGGACCAUUGAGUAAUGAUUUCCUCUCCUUUUUUAUUUUUUUAUUUUUAAAUUUUCAUGUCGACCCCCCUCUCUAUCACUUUGGCCCCCUGUUUGAUCUUCAGUGUCCUGCUGGCUGAAAGAUUUCCGCCUCCUCGCCCAGAUCUCAGUUUAAUGAUUAUCAUUUUUUCAGCAUGUGGUGCGUUUAAAGGCCUGAAAAUAGUUUGAAGGACACUGAGCUUCUUAAAGUCUGCCCUGGAGGUCGAGCUGCUCCUGACAUCCAACCGGACCAAAGCGGUUUGAACCGAGCGACUGGCAUUUCCAUCCUCAGAGCCCGCAACGCUCUCAGUUAUGGGGCUGAAAAUUGAAAAUAUUUGAUUUACUGGACUUUGAGGGGGAGAACAAUAAAGAGCCAAAUGAAAAAACAUAUAGAAAAAAAAAAAGACUCGUACACACCCCUCAGUACGGACACGCUGAUUGAAAGUUGCCUUAUUUUAAUGGUUUUACUGCUUCUAACUUGUGCCGCCACCUUGUCCAGUGUACAGCAUUGAGAUCACCCAUAUAUCUGCUCUCCAUGCCCACCGGGGGCCUCUAAGUGGUGAUCUGUCUGCCAAACUGCCCCCCCCCUCCAAUUCCCCUCACUCCCUCCGUCACAUUUUCUGAACUGUCUUCCAAGUGUCAUCAGUCUGUUACAAGUCCUGUAAUUCUUCCCUGUUUUUUGCAAGUUGUGGCUUUUUGUGCUGAAACACAUAACUUUUUGAUGAAGUUUGUCAUCUUUUCCCCCCUGGAAAAAAAAGACGAAGCUUAAGUGGGGUUCAUUUAGGAAGGGAGAAUCCCCCCCCCCCCGAUGAUCUCCCCUUUGGGCUUCCUGACUUUCUCUCUCCCCUCUGCGCCUCCCUCCUGUCUGAAAGCUGCAUCCAUCCGUGCAUCCAUCCGUUCAUCCAUCCGUUCCACAUCCAUCCAUCAGUUGACGACAGUGGAGAUCAGUACUGGAAUCAUCAAUCUGGAUUACUUGAAGAAGCGUCGUUCUCAAUUGUGGGUGCUCUGGGUGGAGACGCCGGCGAGGACCAGACAUUUGGCCUUCGACUUCACCGUUAAACUGAAGAUGUGUUUGAGGCCCAGGCUGACCUUGCCACCUCUUCCUUAUUCACACACAUCAGUAACAGGCACGGACACUGACAGCUGUAGUGGCACGCAGGUACGGAUGUAGCAGCAUGAGCAAGCUCAACACAAAACACAAAUACAUUUCAUGCCUCUUGGCUGGAUUGUUUGUUUCCACUCUUUCCCGUUCAGAUGUCCUUCUGUCAACCAUGCGGAUGAUUUCAAUCUUGAUCAUUCUGGUGAUAUCAGACAGAAGUGAUUCCUUUUCCUCCACUGAUGUUAAUGUGAAUUUGACAGAUGAAGAGACAUGAUUACAGCUCCCUGCUACUUGUUUUUGUUUAUAGACCAGAUUAUAUAUUUGCCUUACAUGUGUAUGUACUCUAACUUUUUUUUUCAUGAUCUCAUGAUUAUCUUUAAAUGCUUUUAAUUUCAAUUUGCAGUGUUUCUAGCAUUGUUGUUGUUGUUACAAUGGAGGUCAGGUUUGUGUCAGGCUGUUUGAAAAACCCUCUGUGGAUUUCAGAAACAGGGGACACGAUUCACAACACAAAAGGGAAAGUCGACAUCAGGGCGUCAAAAUACUAAUCUGUGUUUCACUUUGAAAUCACAGCUCAAUUUCUCCUUUUUCUGUUUUCAAAGAAUGUUUUUUUUUUUUUCCAAGAUGAGAGCAGCAUUUCCAACCAACUCUUGACAUCGACUGAAAUUUUAGUUUCAUCUAAAUCGUCAAGGUUUUCUGUUGACACUACAACUGCAAAUGUAAGAAUGCAUAGAAAUUACGAUUUGGGGUUUAAAUUGAACUAAAGUUCACAAUAUUCUGAAACAAAAGUCUUAAUACACAUCCACUACUUUCUGUUGUCAUACAAGGAUGUUUGUUGCCUCUGAGUGAUGAGUUUUACUGUGAAAUAGCACAGUCACAUGACAUGAAGCCUGACAGUUUUUUGAGGUGAAACUGUUUCUCUUUCUCCCCCCCCCCCCCUCCCCAUUUUUCUGUAAAAAAAGUUCAGCCUGUUGGUUGAUGUUCCAGCAGAGUGUCCUGUCAGUGUUUUUCAGUUUUUCUCUAAAUCCAGAAUAGUUGGAAACAUGAAAAUGCAAAGCUGUACUUCUUUUCUGUUAUGUUCUGUUGGUUUUAUCUUCAGGGAGAUUUGGAUCAUUAACAGAGGCUAACUGAUGAUGCAUCAAACGUGUUUACUGGAGGAUUAAAGAUGGACAAAUAAGAGCUACAAAAUAUCCAGAAAAGAAAAACUUGUUCAUUUCCCAAAAACCAGCGAAGCCUUCGAAUGGGUGAGCUGUUGUGUGUGUGUGCGUGCGCGUGUGUGUGUGUGUGUGUGGCUGCAGAUAUGGCAGGCUGCCUCUUGGGGGUCGUCUUCCUGUGACAGUCACAUGAUCCCUCCCUCUAAUGUGAUCACAACCUGUCACUGGACGUAUGGGGGUGUUCAGGUGUUGUGGGAGUUUUCAGCCUUCUCUAUCAGCGAAGAAUUGCUGCUAGCUGUCCAAACAAACUCUGGGGGGCGUCGUCUCCGUUUGUCAGUUUAACACAGACUUGGGCAGCAGGCCGGACACCAGAGUGAAGAGUGAUGAGUGAUGGACGAGGAAAUGGAGGGAGGAGCAUAAAAAGUCAAGAGGAAGAGAAACGGAGAAAGAGCCCUGCUGGGAUUUGUGAUGUUGUGUAGAGGAAUAUGGCUGGUUAUGAUGUCUGGAGACUGAAAAAAAAAAGGACAAAAUUCCAUAAAGCCAUAUGAAUAAGAUAUAACUGUAUAUGAACCAUUACAAUAGUUCAUUGCAUUACAAUAUCCUAGGCUUGUCAUGAGGAAAAAAAGAUGAAAAUGAGGAAAAAAGGAACAAAAAAAUAUAUAAAAUGGAAAAAUGUAAAAUACUUGAAUGAGAUCUUGUAUUAUAACAUUUAAUAUUCAUAAUAUCUGCUUUGUAGGCUGAUGUGAUUCGCUAUUAGUGUUAUUUGUAAUUUGUAGUAAUUAUGCUUUUCCUUAAUAAAGAAAAAAACCACAAAACGGACAAAAAAACCUCAAA